UGAGAUUUAGGUACUUGGAGACUAAAUGACUAGUUUAUCAGUGUAUGUUGUGACGUUUCAGUGCCUGUCUGUGUCGGAUGAUAACAGAAGUGUCAGGGACUAGUUUAUCAGUGUAUGUUGUGACGUUUCAGUGCCUGUCUGUGUCGGAUGAUAACAGAAGUGUCGGGGACUAGUUUAUCAGUGUAUGUUGUGACGUUUCAGUGCCUGUCUGUGUCGGAUGAUAACAGAAGUGUCAGGGACUAGUUUAUCAGUGUAUGUUGUGACGUUUCAGUGCCUGUCUGUGUCGGAUGAUAACAGAAGUGUCAGGGACUAGUUUAUCAGUGUAUGUUGUGACGUUUCAGUGCCUGUCUGUGUCGGAUGAUAACAGAAGUAUCAGGGACUAGUUUAUCAGUGUAUGUUGUGACGUUUCAGUGCCUGUCUGUGUCUGAUGAUAACAGAAGUGUCAGGGACUAGUUUAUCAGUGUAUGUUGUGACGUUUCAGUGCCUGUCUGUUCCUGAUGAUAAACGGGAAGAGUCAGGUUCUACCCCAGAGAAUACGAACCUUCAUAGUGGAGACGCUCAUUUCAUGUGUGAAUCAGGUGAAAAACGACACUUAUACUGCCAAGUGCUGUGUGUGCAGCUUUUUAUGCCUGAACAUGCCUCAUGAUGCGAUAUAUUGUCACCUGUUCAAGAGGUAUGUGAACUGCCUUCUCCGCGUCCUCAACUCAUACCAUGGUGACUUCUUUGAAAUGUAUGCCUUGAAACUAUUACAUGAAACCUGUCGAACAGAGAGACCAGAAAAAUCUACAAUUGGCAAGGAGACAGACACAUUAACGUACCUACUGUCUCUGAUCCGUCACAAGUUGUCGAAUUCGUGCUGUGAUGACACGAUGGAACGAGCCUGGAGCUGCCUCUGGAGUCUUACAGAUGAUAUGCCACAGAAUGCUAAGCGUUUUAUGGAGGAACCGUCAGCCAUGGACAUCUAUAUGUCUUGUAUACAGACAUUUGCCAAACAAGAUGGAUUAUUGAAGAAAAUGACAGGAUUAAUGGCAAACCUGUCUGAAGUGCCGGAGCUGAGAAAAAAUCUCAUGACAGAGGAUCUGAUGACAUUAUACUGCACUUUAAUGGACUCUGAGUUGGACAAAGAUGGAGUGAGUUACCAUGCCACAUCUGUCAUGUCAACCAUGGUCAUCGAUCCUGCAAGAACAUGGACGAUAGACAAACCAGAACGUAGCGUUGUACUGGCCAAAAUAGUGGAAACCAUUGACCGGUGGGACCUGGAUGCUAAGAUGAAGAUUAAGUACAGAUCUCUGCGACCGAUCCUGGAGCUGUUGGUGGAGUAUCAGACACCAGAGGCACAACUGUGGGCGACCUGGGCACUCUGUAACCUGACCCGCUCUAAAGCUGACAGAUACUGUCCUAUGUUGGAAUUCGAGGGCGGUCUUACGUUGUUGGAACAGUUGAUUGAAGAUGGCCAUGUCCUACCCAGAGCUGUGGAGCUUGCUACAAUGACUCUUCAACACUGUUCCAAUUACAAGUCGUUAUUAAAUGAUGUUAGUGUGGAAGGGGAAUUAGUGUCUGGGGAGUGAAAUACAAUAGCCACCAACACCGCAGAUUUUUUAACCAC